AUGCACCGACGACGCACGGGCGCGGUGUUCCUUUAUCGUAUGCGACGCCGCGACACCGAAACCCGGAAACGUACGCAUUUCUCCCUCCCCCCUCAAAAAAAAAAAACCGAAAAAACCGAAAAGAAAAACCCUCCCGCCCGCACGCUCGCCUCUCCGCGAACCGGGGCGCGAAACAAACGCGGGUUCGUUGCGCCACCGCGCGCAGAUACCAAAUAUAUGCUCGUCCAUAGCGGUGAUACCCGUACGGCCCGUCAAACUAACGGCGUGGCAGGCGGGUGGGGAGGAGAGGUGGGACGGAAAUCUACGUGGCCUUUUCGCCCCGGCAAAGUAUCCGCGCGGUCUUUUUUUUUCUUUUCUGAACCGCGUUGAAAGCGUUACAUAUGUUACUUUGGGCCGCGGCAUUUCCGCGGUACCGCCGGCGUCCAUUCGAUUACCGCCCCCCGACCGCCCGGGACUUACUCUCGUCUCGCGCGCUGGUCGAAAACAUUUUACCGGAUACCCAACGGACCCGAAACACGUUUUUCGGUUUUCGCCGGCAAUUCACGGACCUCCGUACGAUAAUGUCCACAGUGCCCGCAACGCUGUAGCGUACGCGUUCAAACGGUCGCGGUAUUCCGGCCUUCCGACACCGCGACCGCGGCAAUCGCGACGUUCCCUCCCGGCGCUUGACGUUCGCACUGCUCCGCCGAAACAAACGUUUCCGCACUACCCGCACUUCCCGAUAAGAAAAAAAAAAAAGCCGCCGACGUCGAGAAAACCUCGCGUCCGGCGCUACGAGCUCCACAAAAACCGGCCGAACGGUUUUCGAAUCGCAAUAUCGUAA